AGUCGACUUGUAAGAGCUGAGCGAUGGCCGUGCUGCUGGACUCGUGGUUGGCGGAGCUGGUGGUGGUGGUGUCAGCUGCGGCACUGGCGCUCUACGCCUGGAUGUCCCGCUGCCAGCGGCAUUGGCAGCGCAAGGGCGCGCCCUACGUGGAGCCGGAGGUGCCCUUCGGCAACUUCCGACCCGUCGCCAUGGGCCAAAAGUCCCUCGGCCUCUUCCUGCAGGACAUUUACAAUAUGGCACCAGGAGCCCGAUAUGUGGGAUUUUACGGAUUCAAUCGUCCAAUGCUCCUGAUCCGCGACCCUGAGCUGAUAAGAGAUGUACUGAUAAAGGAUUUCGGGACGUUCCACGACAGGGGGAUAUUCUUCGACGAGGAGGAGCCGCUCAACAGACACCUGUUUGCUCUGACAGGCAUCAAGUGGCGCCAGCUGAGGAUCAAGCUAUCGCCAGCGUUCACGUCGGGCAAGCUCAAGGGCAUGUUCAAGACGCUGGUGGACUGCGGCCACGAGAUGGCGGCUGUGCUGGAGGGGGUGGCGGGGCGCGGCGAGACGGUGGAGGUGCGCGAGCUGCUCGCCAGGUACUCCACCGACUUCAUCGCCUCCGUCGGCUUCGGCAUCGAGGUCCACUGCCAGCGCGACCCGGACAACGAGUUUCGUCGCUGGGGGCGCAAGAUCUUCGAGCCCUCCCUCAUCACCGGGCUCGCCAUAAUGCUGUCCAUCAUCAGCCCCAAGUUGACCAGAUUCAUUCAAGUCAGAGAUAAAAGAGCUGCUGCUGUCUGUAAAUAUUUUCGUGACAUGGUGGCGCACACAGUUGCUUAUAGGGAGAAAAAUAACAUUACUAGGAAAGAUUUCAUGGAUCUUCUGAUACAACUCAAGAACAGAGGAUACCUCGACGGUGAAAAGAUUGAGAAUGGAGACAGUACUAGCAAAGAAGUUUCGCAAAUGGAGUUCACAAUGGACGACGUAGCGGCUCAGGCGUUUAUCUUCUUUGGAGCGGGUUUCGAGACAUCUUCAUCAACUAUGAGCUUUGCUCUCCACGAAUUGGCGUUCAACCUACACAUUCAAACGAAGUUGCAAGAGGAAAUAGAUUCAAUCCUUAAGGAGAACGGCGGAGAGAUUUCAUAUGAAGCGCUUUCCAAAAUGUCUUACCUUGACAAAGUAGUAUCUGAGACCCUGAGGAAGUAUCCACCAGUGCCUCUCUUGAACCGGGAGCCCAACAAGGAGUACAAGAUUCCAGAUAGCGACGUCGUGCUGGAGAAAGGAACCCCGCUCUCCAUCUCGGUGCUGGGUCUCCAUCGUGAUCCCAAGUGCUACCCGGACCCUGAACACUUCGACCCUGAGAGGUUCUCCGAACAACAGAAGGCCCAGAGACAGCCUUACGUCUACCUACCAUUCGGAGACGGACCACGCAACUGUAUAGGUAUGAGACUUGGACUGCUGCAGGUCAAGGUUGGGCUGGUGUGUCUGCUGUCCAAGUACAAUGUGCGGCCCACAGAGAAGACGCGAGAAACCUUGGAGUACAACGCCAGGACUGUAAUACUUCUACCUAAUGGCGGCAUUCAACUUCGACUGGAGAAGAGGUGCAGUUGAUGGGGACACUGACACAAAGACGGAUUUACUGAAGUCGGGUGUGGCCCUGAAACGACGCAAGGGGGACGCUUAAAGAGCACGUAAUUUCACUGUGUUAUGCAAGAUUCUCAGAAAUAUUUUCCUCACACCAGGCGUUAUAAUGGUUUAAAAAGUGUUCAGAGAUUUUCAUGUGUUCACCUGCUCUUCGUGACAGAACUGAUUUCGGUCAAAGCUAUUAUAAUAAUAC